AUGGUGGGUAAUGGCAAGACUGAGGCCCAGGUGUCCGAAGAUUUGGAGGCCUUCUUGGGCAAGGACAACGCCAAGGAAUUCGCAAGAUGGCUGUGGGAGACGCUGAUGUCUCCCAACUUUGGGCUCGGCGACGCACAGAAGCAAGAAAAGGAGGAAGAGGAGCCGCCGCGCAAGCUCUCCUCGCAAGUGGUCCCCAUCCACAGGGACGAUGACAUCGUGGGCAACAUUUUGGGCGAUGACAGGGACGACUACAACGAGACCAACGAAAGAGAGGGCGAGAAGGAGAGGCCGCGCGAGCGGGAGAGGGACACCAGAGACCGGGAGAGAGAACGGACGAGGGAGCGCGUGAGCGACAGGGACAGAGAGAGGGAAAGGAGCCGGGAGAGAGGCAGGGACAGGGAGAGCGACCGAAGACAGUCGAUGGGUGUCGACGACAGGUACCGGUACGAGCGCGAGCGCGAGCGUGACAGGCGAGACCCGCGGGACCUGCGAGAGAGGGAGCGCGGCAGGGAGGGCGACAGGGAUCGCGACCGGGACCGGUCGUUGAACUCGUUCAUCGGAAGAGUGCGGAGCGACGGGGAGAGAUCGCGGGACCGUGAGCCCCACCCGGAGCGGGUCAGGGAGGAGCGCACCCAGCGCCUGCGCACUUCUUCAUCCGCCCUCCCCGCCAGGUUGAUUAUGAGCGCGGUCGAGCAAGCGGCCGCUUCUACCAAGCGACGAGGCUCGCAGACGCAGCUGCGGUCCGACCAGGAUAUCAUCAGCGAGCCGGAAGGGCUCAUGGAGCAGAUCGAUCAGGAAUUCGAUCAUGAGCCAAUCGUCGCGGCCGUAAAUAGAAAGCGGAAGCCCGCGCCGGAAGACAGAGAAGCGACCAGGGCAGCAAACAGACCGGUGAGCUUCACCAUCACUUUGGACGGAGCGUCAAAGCUCUCGCCUGCUUCGAGCGGCGUGCCCGCGCAGAAACGGAUGCGGCGUGUGAUCGAGACGCAACUCAGAGGUGGAAUCGGCGCCACGGUGUCCAAUGACGAAGAGGAGGAGGAGGAGGACAGCGCCCUCGUGCUGACGGCAGGCGACAUUGAUGGCGUGCCUUCCUUUGAGGACGCAGAUUCCGCUCAAGGCGAGGGCAAGUCGAAGCGCAAGCGAUGCACGUUCUGGCCGCAGUGCGCGAAUGGUGCGCAGUGCCCGUUCUACCAUCCCACUGAGAACUGCAAGAGCUUCCCCAACUGUCCGUACGGCAAGAAGUGCCUCUACAUUCACCCUUCUCUCCCGUGCAAGUUCGGAGUCGGCUGCACGCGACCCAACUGCAACUUCAGCCAUCCUCCUCCCAUGUUCGCUGCUGCCGCCAUGGGCGGCUUCGGGAUGGCGAUGGCGCCCAUGAAGAGACCAAGGGUGAAGUCCAUCCCGUGCAGAAACGGCUUUGUGUGCACUACGUCCGAUUGUAAAUACUCGCACCCAACCGGUCCGUGCAAGUUCGGCCGCGCCUGUGCCCGGGGCGCCUUGUGUUCGUAUUCGCACGCACCGCCCUGUCGCUUUGGCUCAAAGUGUACCCGCAUCGGCUGCACGUUCGCGCACAUGGCCAAGAACGCCACUUGGACCGCCGCGCAGGCACGCGACGAAGCGCCCAUUCCUCCGGUCGGCGACAGGCCCCGUCGGCAGGCACCAGCCACACCAGUCGACGACGACGCCGCGGCGCCAGCCACCGCCGCCGAUGCCGACUCCGGCCCGGAGCCGGUGACCACCUCCUCAACAGGCUCCGAGGAGUGA